UGGCUUAGCACUGAAACAGAAAUAACUGCCGGUUUGCCCAGCCCACAUUGUUUUGUUUCGCGUAUGUAGCGUUGUAACAUAACCAAGAACUAGUAGUUUUAGUAGUUUUUCAAUUAAUCGUCCAAAUUCCGACAUGGCAGAUUAUUUUCCCUAUAAAGGGCUCGGUCUUUUUUUAGUCGUAAUAUUAGUAUUUAUUGUUAUGCUUAUCAUAAAAUGUUGCAUUGACGGCUCGCGAACAACCAAAGUUAAAAGAAGAAGACACCGUGGAAACAGUUAUCAAGAUAUUUAUCGAGAUCUGCAUGACAGUUUCUCGGCUACGACUCGAACAACUCACACCGCAACGGCCCCGCCUCAGCAGACAAGAGUCACAGACAUUUCCAGUAACUUUGAGGAUUUAGGGGUUGAUGAUAUUGUUGUAGUACCAGACCCAAAUGAAGCCUCUCCGGUCGUGGUGCCCCCAUACCCUGUGGAGCCCCGACAUCCUACACCUCAUGCGGCGCCUCCAGGACCUGGAUUUAGCACACAUCAUCCACCAUACCCAACACAAACACCUCAUCCUAUGCCUGCUCCCAUCUACUAUCCUCCGCCAAUGGGGGCGGCGCCGUAUCCACCAGUUGUAGGUUCCUCUCCCUACCCUCCAGUCUCAGGUGCAGCACCGUAUCCUCCAGCAGGACCGGCAAUGGGUGGUUCAGCUCCAUAUCCAGACUUUGGUGCUCAGCCACCUUCUUAUUCCGAGGCUAUCUCCCAACCACCAGUAGUACAACCUCUACCCCCAAAAGAGGGCUACAUCAAGCAGGCCCCAUAUAAUCCUAACUAUUAGUUAUAUGUUGUGUGGAAAUUUUAAAUUGAAGUGUUCUUAAUUUCUCUCAUUCACUUUGGCACUUCAAUUAUGUUGGACAAGAUUGUUUGAUAUGAUUAUAUUGUUAGUGGAAUAUAACAGAAAGUACAAUUCUGGUAACGUGAAAAAUGGAGAUAUCUGACUUUGUCAUAAGCUUUCGUUUAAGAGUUCUUCAGGGCUCUGAAGAUUGUUUGUCAUUUUACAUGUGAUAACAAGUGCUUAUGUAGCGAUGUUAAGUUCUUUUUUAUUUUUUAUGAAAAUAUAUUUUCUGUGAAAUGAGGAUAUUAUUUAAUCCUUGCAAGUGAGUGUAAUGAUGGAGUUUGUUAUAAUAAAUAUAUUUUUAUUUAAUUUGUGAUA